UGGGAGGGACUAAGGCAAUCUGGCCUGGCUGACCUCUCUGCUGCACCCCAUGUUGUUAUUUUGCCACUAUGGCCACUGUGUUGAGAGUUCUCUAUUGCUCGCCUAAACCAGGCACCUUUGGAGCUACACCUGCUUUAGUGCGACCAUUAAGUCUGUCAGUCCCAAGAGAGACAUUCAAGUAUGUCAAUGCACAGGAACUGCCCACUGACAUGAAGUCAAUAACAGACCGCGCUGCCCAGACUCUUCUGUGGACUGAGCUCUUCAGAGGUUUGGGGAUGACAAUGAGUUAUCUGUUUCGGGAGCCAGCCACUAUAAACUACCCCUUCGAGAAAGGACCCCUGUCACCUCGUUUUCGUGGCGAGCAUGCUCUGCGCAGGUACCCUAAUGGCGAAGAGCGCUGCAUCGCCUGCAAACUUUGUGAGGCCAUCUGUCCUGCACAGGCCAUCACUAUUGAGGCCGAGACUCGUGCGGAUGGCAGCAGGAGGACGACCCGUUAUGAUAUUGACAUGACCAAGUGCAUCUACUGUGGGUUCUGUCAGGAAGCCUGUCCUGUCGACGCCAUUGUAGAGGGGCCUAACUUUGAGUUUUCAACUGAGACCCAUGAAGAGCUGCUGUAUAACAAAGAGAAGCUUCUCAACAAUGGUGACCGUUGGGAGGCUGAACUUGCAGCUAAUAUUGAGGCUGACUAUUUAUACAGAUGAACGAUGAAUAGUGGCACAACACCAUACCAUGCAAUACGGUCAACCCACCCAUUCUGUAACAUAAACAUACAUAGUACGUACCAAUAAGGGCCAUCAAGGGCACCAAUGUAAUUACUCAUGUAGGCCAUGUAGAAUGCUUCUGUGGGGAAAAGUAUA